AUGGCGCGGGCCGCCGCGCUCGCCUCCUGCCUGGAAGCCGUGCUGGGGAGCCGCAGCAAUGCCAACCGCGUCUUCGAGAUCCUGGAGCUGCUGGCGGGCCAGGAGGAGGAGGACGUCCUCUGCGCCGCCAGGACCUGCAGCCGGCUCUUCGGGGCGCUGCUGGAGCGGAGGGAGCUGUUCGUGGGCCGGCUGCCCGCCGAGGAGGCCUCUCUCGCCGAUAACUACAGCGCUGAGGACAAAUACAAGAUAUGGAUGAGGCACCGCUACAAUGACUGCGUGGAUUCCUUGGCAGAGCUGAUGGGACACAAUGCCUUCCAGGUCAAGGAAUUGUCACUCUGCACCCUCAUGAAGUUUGUUGAGUUGGAGGCACAAUAUCCAUUGAUCAAAGUAGAGUGGAAGGGGAGUUUAACUUUUCCUCGUGAACUUCUUAAGGUAGUUGUUGAUGGCUUACUUCCCUUAAAUGAGGAUGCUUCACUCCUGAUCUCUCGCUUUCAAGAAUAUAUGGAGUAUGAUGACAUUCGGUACUUUGUCAUAAAGGCGGUCACUGAGAGUAUUGGACAAGUCAUGCAGAAGACAAAAGAGAGGCCGCUGCCGUUUUACCAACAGAACGUAUUUUCCCUCAUUUCGCCCAUUAACAUGCCGAACAAAGAGUGUGACAUGGUCAAAUUUAUGGUGAAGCAAGAUAACUGGGAGGAAUUGAAAGUGUCAAAGCUGCAGGCACACAAGCAGGCGUUUGAAAAAAUGUGGCUCAGUUUUUUGAAGCACAAGCUACCCACUGGCCUUUACAAAAAAGUUCUUGUCAUUCUACAUGACUCCAUCCUGCCUUACAUGAACGAGCCCACUCUCAUGAUAGACUUCUUGACAGUGGCCUAUGGCAUAGGUGGAGCAAUCAGUCUUCUAGCCUUAAAUGGAUUAUUUAUUCUGAUUCAUCAGCAUAAUCUGGAAUAUCCUGACUUUUACAAAAAGCUGUACAGUCUUCUAGACCCUUCUAUAUAUCACGUGAAGUACCGAGCCCGCUUUUUCCAUUUGGCUGAUCUGUUUUUGUCUUCAUCUCACUUGCCAGCGUACCUGGUGGCAGCAUUUAUCAAGCGCCUCUCCCGGCUGGCCCUGACUGCUCCUCCCGAGGCUCUACUCAUGGUCAUUCCCUUCAUCUGUAACCUUUUUCGGAGGCACCCCGCAUGCAAAGUGCUAGUACACAGACCUAAUGGGCCAGAAGAUAUGUCAGAAGAUCCAUAUAUUAUGGAGGAGGAGGAGCCAUCUGAAAGCAGGGCUUUGGAGAGCUCUCUCUGGGAGAUUCAGUCUCUACAAAACCAUUAUCACCCAGAUGUGGCCAAGGCAGCUGCUAUCCUGAACCAGUCGCUGUCUGAAAUAGAGGAUGACAUAUCAGGGCUCCUGGAGCUCUCAGCUUAUGAGCUUUUUGAUAAAGAAGUAAAGAAAAAUGCUAUUGAUGUGCCCUGGAGUUUGAGCAAGUACGAGGUUUGUUUGGGAAGAAAAAUGAUAUUUUUGCAGAGCACUUCACUUUAGAUUGAUGUGAUCUAUUAUAAACACAUCUGCACAACUGACUGAUCUUAGGGACAUGCACACAGUUCACAUGUUGUGCUCGGCAGUUCUGCCUUGGAAGUAUCUCCAUGUGAUGAGAGCUGGACUGCUUGAGAAAGGUGCAGCCUUCAGCGACCUUUGCCACUACCCAUGGAUGGACUUUCCUUUGUUUCUCACGCUUGCGUACUGCCACCUGAUAUUUGGGAGGGAUUUUUCCUCAGAGCAAGGUUUUCUGGACUUGUUCGUUGCUGGGAUUCCAGCCGAUUUCUCCAAAGCUGCUGGUGCUGGCUGUGAUCAGUGACUGCAUUGACAGACCAUCUUGCUGCCGUUCGAUGGGACUGAGGGGAAUUGCGGUCUCUGACUACUGCUCUUGUUUUUCAGGUGUGUUACUUUUAUACUAGAGCUGACAACCUGUUUGUAGCAAGUGACUUCAAUACAUAGCUGUAAACACCUGAUGAUAUUCUAAUUAUAUUUUUUUUAUAUACACUUUUAAACUCAUGUCUUCAGAGGGAUGUUUAGCUUCCUAUGUACUCAUCUUAACACUCCCACGUUCAAGGCACUGAAAGCUCUGGUUUGUCAAAAACAACUCAUAGAUGAUGCUCAGUAAUUCCAUCUAUGAAGUGUUGCUGAUGUUCUUCAUGUACAUUCAUCUCAUGCUGUAAGGUUGCUUAAUUCAAAAUGCUUACGAGCUUUGGAAAUGAGCAUAAUCCUGGUGACUGCUGUAGCUAGGGAGGCCAACUGAUGUGCAGCGGGAGGUGUGUCUAAUCCUUGAUUUUUUGCUUCAGAAUGAUAAGCAGCGUGACGUAGUUUUGCUUGCAGCCUGCAAGUGUUGUAGGAGCUCUGGCCAGUGUGUAUCCAGGUGCUAAUGAAGUUUUAGCUAGUUACUAAUACUAGGUGGUUUUGUUAAUUUGGAUUUUUCAUACAGUUCCAGAAGUCAUGCAGAAAUUCCUUCUGAUAGGGGUGCUUUUUUUUUCUCAAGGUUUUGAGUUUGAGAUAAACUUGACAUUUUUUUCGUAUUCAUUUUCAACAACUUAAUGUUAUCUCGUUAGACUGUAACUCUGCUUGCAUAUUUUGAAAUCAUAUUUUGUGGAGGAGAAAAAUACAGUCAAGAAAGUGGAGGCCAAGAAAUCUAAUUUCUGGCAGACGAGUCUGUUUAAGUCAAGGAAAACUGCAGCUGUCUUGGAGACGCUAAGCGUUAUGUUUUCUUCAUCCAGUUUUCUUCAUGCUUUCCAAACAACGGACAUGUCCUCAGAGUACAGAGCUCU